CAUAUCCUGAAAAUUUUGAAGUCGUUCUGAUGUUUACUGAGUGACUAACGAAUUUUUUAAUAUUAGGUGAAAACACCCUGAAAACACAAAUUUUUGUAAAACUCGCUUUUCGAUAGAGUUUUAAAACUUUUCUAAAAACAAAUAUUGCCACGAGACGCAGCGUGAUCGAUUACGCAUAGUUCAUCCGUCUUGAAGGCUACCAAUCGUCACUGGGUGCCAGUCCUGGGAUUCGUAGGAAAACCGAUACAACGCCCGAAGCGUGGAAAAUCAAGGUCUCACUUGACUCUCAAUUUGAAAAGGACACUCUGGGCUAUCAGCCUGUGAAAACAAAUCAAUACAAUCCUAUUGGAAAAUUAUUACACGAGAGCUAAUUUUCCAAAGAUCUCCUAAAAAACCUGUUCCAGAAAGCUCUCCUGGGAAAAUUUUUGGUUAUGAAAACAUAUCCCCAAGUCUCCUCUUUCGAAUGGUGAAAAUUGAAGCUCUUUAGCUUUUUCCUAUCGAAAGUUAUUUAAAAAACAGUCAUAUACCAUUCUUUUUUUGGAUGGACAAUAGUUUUAGAUAUGGAAAAUCUUUUUAAGUUUAAAUCCGGACUAUUUCACCUCUCCAGGUUAAUUUUUAGUUAUUAUAAAGUUACGGUUUUGACUUGACAGUAUUACAAGAAUUAAAUAUUUGAAAUUGCAGCAUAAUUACAAUUAAAAGACAAAACUUACGGGGCAACAUUUUUCUGCAACUUGUCCCGAGCUCGUGAAAUUUUGUUUCUUGCCACGAGUCCAUGAGCCCAAGCCCGUAAAUAUUUUUUUGUCCCGAUCCCGUUUGUCCUACGGGAUGGGACAGACGGUGUAGAAUUCGGGGCUGCCCCGUAAGAGUCUACUUGUAAGCAAAACAAAUUCAAAAGAGAAGAGAUAAUAUUAAUUAAUGUUACUUUUUGUUAUAACACAAUAGGCCGAUGAAAAUGAUAAUGAGACAAAUGAAUCAAAAGAAACAACAGUUAAAACAAUAUCAACCGAAUGGCAAAAUGAACAGUGUAAAAUGUUUUCAAAUACACGAAAUCAAUUUUAUUUAAUGAGAGAUAAAUUACGUUCUAAAAAAAAUUUUAAAAUUACUAAAUUGAAAAAUAUUAAUAGUUAUUGGAAGUUUUGUUUUGGAGAUAAUGUUCCAGUACAAUCAAUUUUAUCAUUAGAUACAUUUGAAAAAUAUACUGUUUUACCAACAAUGUCAAAAAUGAUAAGUCUAACACAACCACAAACACACGAAUUACUUCAAUAUGAAAUUAAAUGGAUUGAAACAUGUGGUUUUACAAUUCAACUGGCAUUAUAUAUUUAUUCAACAUUAGUUGCAAUUGAAAAACCAAUUAGUGAAGAUUUUAUGUAUACUAUGCGUUUAUUAUCAAAGGCAUGUCAAAAUACACGAUUGAAACUGAUGACACAGACGAAUGAUAACGUUACUACUGAUAAUGAAACUUCUGAUACGAAAUCUUUAGAGCGAUCGUGUGAUUUAUUUAUUUGUUUAAUUGGAAGAUAUUUUGGUCAGAUUGAUUUAGCUGAUCCAUUUAAUUAG